UUUCUCGUUUAAGGUCGCAUUCUUCUUCAGUCGCUUGGGGUAUUUUAUAUCACUGUUUUCCAAGUCUUUAAUAGUAAGAUGCGCAAUUAUGCGCACGAGUGACGCUCGCGAACCCACUGCGCACACCGCGCGGGACACCAGCCUCACUUCUGUGUUUACAACCUGAUCUCUGUUCUGUUCCAGGUGCAGAUUCUUCCUCUGUAAAACCAAAUUAGCAACAUUUUUCAAUGACGAGCUAAUAGCAGUGCGUCUCCUCCCUUCAGUGUUUCAGACAGGGACGGAUAUCAAGCCAAAUAAAAAAAAAACACCAUCUCUUCAAGAUGUCUGAUGCUUGCACCUCUGAGCCUGCUGUCGCCAUCAGGGCUAUUGAUAAACACUCAGUGCAUCAGAUCUGCUCAGGACAAGUGGUGCUGACCUUGGCCACCGCUGUCAAAGAGCUGGUGGAGAACAGCAUUGAUGCAGGAGCCACAAACGUUGAUGUCAAGCUGAAGGAGUGUGGAGCCGAACAGCUGGAGGUGUCAGACAAUGGCAAAGGUGUAGAGGAGGCUAACUUUGAAGGACUGACACUGAAACACCACACGUCAAAGAUAAGGGAUUUCUCCGAUCUCAUUCACGUGGAAACAUUUGGCUUCAGAGGGGAGGCCCUAAGCUCUUUAUGUGCUCUGAGUGACCUGAGUGUGAUAACAUGCCAUGAGUCCAGCCAGGUGGGCACCAAGCUGGUGUUUGACCACAAAGGCCACCUAGUGCAGAAGGUACCUCAUCCCCGGCAGCAGGGCACCACAGUCAGCCUGCAGCAGCUCUUCUACACCCUACCUGUUAGACACAAGGAGUUCCAGCGCAAUAUUAAGAAGGAGUAUGCAAAAAUGAUGCAUGUGCUGCAGUCCUACUGUAUCAUCUCUACAGGAGUGCGUAUUACCUGCUCCAACCAGAACGGGCAGGGAAAGCGCAGCACAGUCCUCAGCACCAGCGGCAGUCAGUGUAUGAGAGACAACAUUGGGGCCAUAUUUGGACCAAAGCAGCUACAGAGUCUUCUUUCUUUCCAGCAAAUAUCUCCUACAGAGAAUAUCAUAGAUGAAUACGGACUCAAGGUAGCAGAUCUACCCAAACAGCUUUUUACCAUCACAGGGUUUGUGUCUCGGGGUGACCAUGGCGUUGGAAGAAGCUCGACAGACAGGCAGUUCUUUUUUAUUAACAAUCGACCGUGUGACCCCCUAAAGGUAACCAAGCUUGUGAAUGAAGUUUAUCACAUGUACAACAGACAUCAGUAUCCAUUUGUUGCCUUGAACAUAGCUGUUGCCUCAGAGUGUGUGGAUGUGAACGUAACCCCAGACAAACGGCAGAUUUUCCUACAGGAGGAGAAACUCCUGCUGGCUGUUCUAAAGACCUCUCUUAUCACUAUGUAUGAGGCUGGCGUAAAUAAGAUCAGCUUGAACUAUACACCUACAGCCAGCACCAAUGCAGCAUCUUCUGAAAGAGUCAUUUUGUCUAAUGAGAUCAAGCCAGACCCCGGAGAGGACGUCCAAACAGUUACUCCAAAGACAUCUAUAAACCUGUCUGGCCUGAAAGCUGCUUUUUCAAAUCAUAACAGCUCCAAUUUUGGGAACAAGUCAAGUAUGGGCAAAGCAUCCAGCUGUGGCCCAUCACAAAAGACUCUGCAGUCUUUUUUUAAGGGUUCUGUCAAACCUUCAGCAUGCAGCCCAAGUGUAAAAUCUCCUUUGAAGUCAACUAGAGAACCAGCUAAAGGGGGAAGAUCUGUGUUAGAUGGGUUUAGGUAUGGAAGGAUGUCUUGCAGUGAUGCUGAUUCUGAAAAGAACAGCAAUGGAUCCAGCUGCGAUCUCACUGUGGCAACACCGGAUGGUCAGUGUUCUGGACUGGAGUUCAACUCUCCUGAAGCGGUGAUUGACGUAACGAGUGUGAAAAAUGAAACAGGUGAAGAUGCAUCAGAAAAUGUUUGCACUGUUUCUGAAGACCCGGAGUUACAAGCUGAAGCGUUCACUUCUAAUGAGGUCUCUGCUGAAAGCCCAGAGGCUAAGAGACCCAGGAUAGAGACUCCACAUUUCCCCUUGGAACAAAUAUCCAACGCUUUUUCAAACAGUUCGGAGGAUUCUUCUCCUGUGGUGGAUGCCCCAGUCCACCGACAGAAGAGGGCGAUGUCCCUCCAGUUCUCUUUGCAAGAGCUGACGGAGAAGAUUAGAAGGUUGCAAGAUAGGCAGAAAGAGAGGGAUAGCAUGGAGCUAUGCUACCGACGCUUCAGAGCCAAGAUCAACCCUGGAGAAAACCAAAGUGCAGAGGAAGAGCUCAAGAAAGAAAUCAGUAAAGAAAUGUUUAAGGAAAUGGAGAUCAUCGGUCAGUUUAACCUGGGCUUCAUUAUCACCAAACUCAAGACGGACAUCUUCAUGAUUGAUCAACAUGCCACGGAUGAGAAAUACAACUUUGAGAUGCUGCAGCAGCACACCGUGCUCCAAGGACAGAAACUCAUUGUCCCACAGAAACUCCACCUCACUGCUAUCAGUGAGAAUGUACUGAUGGAGAACAUUGAGAUUUUCAGAAAGAAUGGCUUUGAGUUUCUAAUUGAUGAUGAAGCUCAGGUGAUGGAGAGAGUUAAGCUAGUAUCACUUCCCACCAGUAAGAACUGGACAUUUGGGCCGGCUGACAUUGAAGAGCUGAUCUUCAUGUUGAGUGACAGCCCGGGGGUCAUGUGCCGACCGUCCAGGGUGAGGCAGAUGUUUGCCUCCAGAGCUUGCCGGAAGUCUGUGAUGAUUGGCACUGCUCUGAGCGUCAGUGAGAUGAAGAAGCUCGUGGUUCACAUGGGGGAAAUCGAGCAUCCGUGGAACUGUCCUCACGGCAGGCCCACCAUGAGACACCUCGCCAACCUGGACAUCAUCUCACAGGACUGACCCUGUCUGAGAGUCUUGCUUGUAAUUCUGUAAAACAUCACCUUUGUUGGUGUGGUGAUACUAAUACAGUACAUUUUAUGGUUCAAAUUCCUAGUUUUGACUGUUUUUGAAUGUUUUUCUAGAUCUUACUGAUAUGUUCUGAUUUUAUUGAGAUUUUGUGUCACAUUUUUAUUUUUUUAGUAGUGGGUUAAAGUAAUUUUGUAAUAAAAUGUAUUUUUCACAGCA